UUCCAGAGUCCACCAUGAAGAGAUUCCUGGUCCUUUGUGACUGCCUCUGGGCCUGGAGCCUCCUCCUGAAUGCACUGACUGAAAGAAGCUAUGGACAAACCUCAUCCCAAGAUGAGCUUAAAGACAACACCACAGUGUUCACCAGAAUAUUGGAUCGACUUCUGGAUGGCUACGACAACCGCUUGAGACCAGGACUGGGAGAGCGUGUAACUGAAGUGAAGACUGACAUCUUCGUCACCAGUUUUGGGCCUGUUUCAGACCAUGAUAUGGAAUACACUAUAGAUGUAUUUUUCCGCCAAAGCUGGAAAGAUGAGAGAUUAAAAUUCAAAGGACCUAUGACUGUUCUCCGGUUAAAUAAUUUAAUGGCCAGCAAAAUUUGGACGCCUGAUACCUUUUUCCACAAUGGAAAGAAGUCAGUGGCUCAUAACAUGACAAUGCCAAAUAAACUCUUACGAAUCACAGAGGAUGGGACGUUGCUAUACACCAUGAGAUUGACUGUGAGAGCAGAAUGUCCAAUGCACUUAGAAGACUUUCCUAUGGAUGCACAUGCUUGCCCCUUGAAAUUUGGAAGCUAUGCUUAUACCAGAGCAGAGGUUGUGUAUGAGUGGACACGGGAACCAGCAAGGUCAGUGGUUGUGGCUGAAGAUGGCUCUCGACUGAACCAGUAUGAUCUGCUUGGACAAACUGUGGACUCUGGGAUUGUGCAGUCCAGUACAGGGGAAUAUGUUGUUAUGACUACACAUUUUCAUUUGAAGAGGAAGAUUGGUUACUUUGUCAUCCAGACUUAUCUGCCAUGCAUCAUGACAGUGAUACUGUCACAGGUGUCCUUCUGGCUUAACAGAGAAUCUGUUCCUGCAAGGACUGUAUUUGGAGUAACAACUGUGCUGACCAUGACUACCCUGAGCAUCAGUGCCAGGAACUCCCUGCCCAAGGUGGCCUAUGCCACGGCCAUGGACUGGUUCAUCGCCGUCUGCUACGCCUUCGUCUUCUCGGCGCUCAUCGAGUUCGCCACCGUCAACUACUUCACCAAGAGGGGCUACGCCUGGGACGGCAAGAGCGUCGUGCCAGAAAAGCCAAAGAAGGUGAAGGAUCCUCUCAUCAAGAAAAACAACACAUACACAGCUGCAGCUACGAGCUACACCCCUAAUAUUGCAAGGGACCCUGGGCUGGCAACCAUUGCUAAAAGUGCAACAAUUGAGCCCAAAGAAGUGAAGCCAGAAACAAAACCUGCAGAGCCCAAGAAAACUUUUAACAGUGUCAGUAAAAUUGAUCGGCUAUCGAGAAUAGCCUUCCCUCUGCUUUUUGGGAUCUUUAAUUUAGUCUACUGGGCCACCUAUUUAAACAGGGAGCCCCAGCUAAAGGUUCAAACUCCACAUCAAUAACCUCAUUUCUUGGUAUAGUUCUGUUUUGUCUUUGGCUCUGGGAAUUGCUUCCCCUUUUCACAUACAGUAAUUCCCAUUUGCUUCAUUGCCUCUGUCUUAAAGAAAAUAAAGGUUUCUUUAGUUAGCAAAAGGUAAAAUAUAACUGUAUAUUUAAAAAAAAAACCUGUGUGUGAGGGGGAGAAUGUUAUAAACUAUAUACUUUGGAAAAAUGAUUUUUGGAAAUGGAAAAGAGUUGUAGAGUAACGGGAGGGUGGAAAAAAAAAGAAACCAUUUGUAGCAAGCUUAGUACUGAAUAUCCCCAAAAGAUAGUGUAUAUGUACAUGAAAAAGCUAUUUUUAUUCAGAAGAUUGUAGGGAUGGGGGAAAUAUUCUUUAUGACAUUCCUGAUGCGUAUCUUAGCCUGUGUCAUUUAUUCAGCCACUGUUUAUAAUCUUUUCAAGGAUGUAAAGCUUUCCAUUUGCUGAAUCCCAUAAGAUAUUUUAUUUUCCUAAUCCCUUUUCUCUAUUUCCAAACUACCUGACUUACAAUAUUAAAUAGUCUUUAAUGAGAAAGGAAAUCUAUUCACUCUAGGUACAGUUUGUCACUGUAUAGCACAUAAGAUCUAAUGGUAACAAAUGCUUUAAUCUGCUCUCUUACUGCAAGCUUGUUCCAAGCACUAAGUUGUCACUAGACUAGAUUUAAAACCAGUUGCACAACCAAGUGCAGAUCCCAAAUUUCUACUAUCACCUGUGUAAUCCAAACAAUUCCUGGAUGCUUUAAAGAUAGCUUUUACUCAUCACUAUGUUUUAGAGAGUUAAAACAAAAAAAAAAAACAAACCACAAAAUUUUUGCAAGCUCUAGAUAUGUUGAAUGUAUUCUUUUAUAAAAUGAUACAUUAAAAGAAGCUUUAGACUGAGAUUUAUGAAUAGCAGAAAGAAAAUAUAGUAUUUAAAUAAUAUCUGUAAAUAUGCAGCAUGAGAUUGUACAUUUUUUUACUUUUUUAAAGUUGUGUUCUUAAAACAUUGUGUAGGAUUCACCUCUUAGCUCUUAAUAUGUUGUUAAAUGCUCAAUAAAACAUAUUUAGAGCCUGAAUUAAAGGAAAAAAACAAAUCAGUGGUACUGGAAAGCUUACAACAAUAAGCAGAAAGUGCUUGGAAUUUAUUCCAUUUGUAAAGUGGUGAAGUGUACAGCAGCUUGCAAUUUGACAAUGUCAUCCAACGUAUACUAUUAGAUUAAUGACUGGUCUGCUCAGGUCAUGCAUAAACACUAAAGUAUGGGAUUAUAUUUGGUAGAUAAAAUGGUGAAAUAUUUGUUAAGACAGAAGUUCAUCUGUAUAUUACUGCUAUAUUUGCUGAAACAUAACUGUUACAAUAAGCGAUGUAAUAUAUGUAGCAUUAAAUACAAAGAAGUCAUACAUAAAAGAAUGUACAGGAAAAUAGAUUUUAUUGAGUAAACUUACUACAUUUCAUUUUUACUGUAGCAAUAUAUUUGUAGGAACAAUAUGUAAGGGCUUUAAAUACAAGAUGUCCAUUUUGCAGGUAUUGUGCUCCCUUUAAAAAAAAUUCUAGUCAGUAUCAUUACUGCUAACUCUUAGAAAUAAACUUUAUCUGAAAGUUUUUUCAAAGAGACUGGAAGAAUGGUGGAUAUUUGCAAGAAUCAAUUAAAAAUAUAAUUUAUGCUGUUGAAUGGAUUUUGAAACAGUGCUACAUGAGCCUCUAGAGAAACAGCUACUGAGAGUCAAGUUUAAUAGGCAGUGAUUUCUAAACUCUUAAUAAAUCAAGAAGUUGACAUUCUCUAUCUACAAAAGGAAAUAUUUAAUGUUUUAUUUAGAGAUUUAUUUUUUUUUAAUAAUUCUUCAUUGUCUAACAUUUAGUCCUGUCUGAACUUGAUAAGUUACCUGAUUGGAUCUUAUUUAAAAGGGGAUGUUUCAUCUCUGGUAUCAUGUGUAGAUAUAUGUAUAGAAAAAAAUAAACUAUGGCUCUUUAA